AUGGAGGCCUACGGCGCAAAACUUGGCCGCAAAUACUGCGAUCUAGAGCACCGUGACUUUAGGGAAUGUAUCACCAGUGAAAAGCAGAAAAAGAGAGCUAAAGCGAUCGCUACCCAACGCCUAAAGUUGUAUUGGGAAGGCAAAUUGGACAAAUGUUUUCUGGAGAACCAUCCACCACCAGGACAGGGUGAGGAUUCGAAGAAAUCGUCUGAUCUCCGUCCUGCAAAUGCGGUUGUCUCUAAUGAUGUACUUGGCCUUGUGAGGCCUGAUGCAGACUUUUGCAAGAUCCAGCGAUUUGCUAGCCGAUCAUCAGCGAAUCUACUAUGGUACGAGCUUACACCAGCGAAUCGACUGCCGUACCAGCGGGCGAAAUAA